GUAUUCAUCCAAUCGGGGUACAAAACGCGUAGAACUUCAAGUCAGACAGACGUUUGUAGAGUUUCCAUGUCUUUUGCAACGAAGACUUUAUCUUUUGUAGCUUGUAGUUGAUUGGGGGUGUUCUGAGUUCCUGUUAGUUUUUUUUUUAAUCUAAGCGGAUCUCUGUGAAUUUCUUUAACCCAAACUUUCAUAACAUAAGCUUGGGUGUGGAAACGAAAACAAUGUCGACGCAUGCAAUGCCCGAAGCCGCGCGCAGGGAUCAGCAUUCCCGCGUUAGCAGCCGCGCGACGCCAGGAUUCCUGGAGCGUUUGAGCGACACGGCGGGGGGGAUGCUGCUCGGGGUCGGCGUGUUCGCGCUCUCAUUUUACGUACUCUUCACUAACGAGGGCAGAGCUUUGCGUACCACAACCUCUUUGAACGAGGGCCUCUCAAAGGUUGUGCCCCUGAACCCUGCAUCUGAACCAGAUUUCUUGAAUAACAACAAACUGGUCCACCUGUCUGCUGUCCUGCAAACAUCCCAGCCGCUGCAUGAUCCCAACUACAGAAUUGAGGUGAAGGCGGUGAAGCUGAAGAGGGAGGUGGAGAUGUACCAGUGGGUGGAGCAACAGGAGAGCCGGGACUACCAGGAAGAUGGAGAGACCAAGACUGAAACCACAUACACUUACACCACAGAGUGGAGAUCAGAGGUCAUCAACAGCCGGAAUUUCGACAAAGAGAUUGGUCACGUGAACCCCAGUGCCAUGGCGGUGGAGAGUGUGACUGUGGUUGCCCCAGAUGUUUGGGUUGGAAGCCUCUCUCUGUCCAAAGGGCUAGUGGACAAGAUCAAUAAUUUCCAGAGGCUUCAUUUGGGGCCCCUGUCCCCUGAUCCCUUCCUUACUGUUCAUGGAGAUUAUUUCUACCACACUGCCCAACCCAACAGGCCUGAGGUUGGUGAUGUAAGAGUGAGCUUCUCCUAUGCAGGACUGAGUGGGGAAGAAACCUACCCAGGGUCUGCUCAGAUGGUGAGCGUGGUGGCCAUGCAGAAGGAUGGGCAGCUUGUGCCUUAUAAGACCACAUCUGGGGACCACAUAGAGAUCCUGUACCUGGAGGAGCUGUCUGCUCAGGAGGUGUUUGAAAGAGAGCACCAGAUGAACUCCAUGAAGACCUGGGCUCUGAGGGCUGCUGGCUGGGCUCUGAUGUUCUUGGGCAUCAGUCUGGCCACACGCAUCGUCCACACAUUGGUGGACUGGUUGCCCCUGGUGAGGGACGUCGUGAAUAUCGGCCUGAGGCUCUUCGCUCUCUGCGUUUCCUGCUCGCUGUCCCUCCUCACCAUCGCUGCUGGUUGGCUCUUCUACCGCCCUCUGGUGGCCGGAGGAAUCGCCGCACUGGCACUGCUACCAGUCCUCCUUGCUCGCUCCCGGGCCCCAACCAAGAAGACAGAGUGACUCUGAAGCCCAAACAGGGUAAUUAGCCACUGAUGUCACCAGCACCUCCCCAUCUACAACUGCCCAGAAGGGCAUUCCAAAGCCCAGACUGUUAUUUGCAUCCUUGUGAUGCACUGUGACCUUUGACCCUUUCCCAAGGUUAAGCUUCAGCAUAAGGCAAGUUCAUGUCAGCUGUUCCGUUCAGAAUUUGAUUGUGUUUAUGUUUUUUUUUAUGGUGUGUUGCACUUUUCAGGAGUUUGACAUAUGCAGUAAUUUGUUAAAGGAGACAAUCUGUUGAAGGAGAAGUAUGGAGAUGUCAUUUUUUCAGCUCUUUUCAGAGGCAUAACUUUAUUUGUGUUUUUUCAUGGUAGACAGUUUCUAUGGUGAAAGGUUAAAUUAUAGCCAUUGUUAUAGCAUUUUAAUUUAAAAUAAAAGGUACGUUUCAGUGCAGGAACAGAUCCAGGGCUUUUGGUAAACUUUGCAUAUUCAUUUCUGCUGUAACUUGCACGUCUGUCCCUUUUUGUGUAAUUGCAAAUAUUUAGUAUAAUUCUUAUUCAAAACAGAAACAGCUUGUAGGUAGGGUAUGGAACAUGUUUUGCACAUAGGAACACCCUGUCAGUCUCCAUAAAUGUCAUUCACAAACA